GUUUACAAAUUUUAGAAUUCAAGAAAUUUAAUAAAAUUGAUAUUUAACCAUUCCAUACCAUGGGUGAUGAAAAUUUACUUGAGUAUUUACAUUUUGAGCUUGUGGACUAUUGUGUAAAUAAUAAGAAGGAUGGAAAUGAUUCAAGUUCAGACUCAACGAAAAUAUCUACGUUAGAAUAUAUUGGAUUCUCGACAGGAUAUCGACUUAUUGAACGAUUAACUCGUGAAAUGCCUCGAUUUAAAGAUGAACUUGAUACAGUUAAGUUUUUGUGUACAGAUUUUUGGUCGAGUAUUUUCAAGAAGCAAGUCGACAAUCUUCGAACAAAUCAUCAAGGAAUUUAUGUGCUACAAGACAAUUCCUUCCGUUUCUUAAAACAAAUCUCCAACUCUUCUCAAUAUUUAGAAUUAGCACCAAAGUACGUCGUUUUCAGUUGUGGAAUCUUGAGAGGAUGUUUAGCAAAUCUUGGUAUACAAGCAAUUGUCACAGCAGAAAUAUCAACCAUGCCUAGCUGUAAAUUCCACAUUCAAGUGAAAGGUCAUUAA